CCUUUUAAUCUCUGCAACGCCAGCUUCCAGUCCUUCUUUUCUACUCUCUCUUCAUCAUCUUCCCUCUCUGUCUGGUCCGGCACCUGCUCCUUUCUUUCCGACCAGCGUCCCUUGCAGUUCGACCUCCAGUACUAUAACCAAGCGAACCCCCGGUAGUUGGUUUAAGUUCGCACUCUACUCAACCACCAAGUAAUACGACACAACUCUACCACCAUGUCCCUCAUCCACGCCGACAACCUGGCUCCUCAGCCAUGGACCGAUGUCUUCACUGAUGAUACCUGUAUCGACCGCCGCAAGUGCCACCGUACCGUGCCCAUGAAGGUGCUGGCUCUCGGUGUGGGAAGAACCGGAACUGCUUCCCUCCGCAUCGCCCUGGAACGCCUGGGCUACAUGAAAACCUACCACAUGAUGUCCGCCAGUAUGGAGAACCCUCCCGACUGCUUGAUGUGGCACGACGCCCUGGCGGCCAAGUACGACGGUGUGGGAGAGUUCGGUAGAAAGGAGUGGGAUCAGCUCCUGGGAGAUUGUCAGGCCGUUUGUGACUGGCCUGCUUGUGCCUUCGCCAAAGAGCUCAUCGAGGCCUACCCCAACGCCAAGGUCAUUCUGACGACCCGUGAUGUGGACUCAUGGCAUGCGUCCGUCAUGAAGACUGUCUGGUGGCGUGUCUCCGACCCUGAGCACAAGCUCGUUUCGAACUUCAGCUGGGCCGCCAGCAUGUACUACCCCAUGCUCAACAAGUUCUUCCAGACCUUCUUCCGCGGCGACUUUCCCAACAAGGGUAAGCAGGUCUACCUCGACCACGUUGAAGAGAUCCGCAGCCUGGUUCCUCCCGAGCGACUGCUCGAGUACAAGAUCCACGAAGGGUGGGGCCCGCUUUGCGAGUUCCUGGGCGAGGAGGUUCCCGACACUCCUUUCCCCCGCGGGAACGACAUGGCCGACUUCUUCAAGCGCUGCCGCGGCCGCAACAGGCGCCAGAUGCUGAACGCCGCCCUGCAGGCUGUCACCAUGGGUGGUGCUCUGCUUGCCACUGGGUUGGUUGCUACCAUGGCCUUCAAGCGCUUCUCCCGGUAGAUGCGCUUGUGUCGUGACCUGCCCUUGUUUUUGUUACUAUUAUUACCGCAGCAUGCGCUGGGCGCCAAUGCUGGGGGCGUUGCUCUAUUUGGCUUUAAUUAUUCCCAAAACUGCUUUCUCUUGCUGAUAUAUACCGAUGAGCGU